AAUCAUCGGGUUAAGUUAUCUCAACCUAUUGUUGUGUUAUUACCAUAUUUGGGAACAGUAGUGUUUACGUACGUAGUGUCCGGUUUGAAUAUUUACUAGAAGGUGUCAUUUUGUAAAGAUGUCUGCCGGCGUUUGGACUCUCCUUAUAUCAUUUGUGGCUGCUGUGAGCUGUGAUAUAUAUUUACACAAUCCAAGGGGAAGUAAUAAUCGACUUGAUGAAGAAACGAGGAACAGAGCCAACAAUAACAGAAUGUUUGAUUCUCAAAACAACAACCGAGGUGGUUACAAUGUAGGGUCCCUGUACUACUACGCAGGGUCUACCCUACAGAUCGAGUGGACAAACCAGCAUUCCUGUGCCAACCCUAACUGUCACUGUGAAUUAGUGAUACAAUACAUGUGUCACAACCUCGUCAGGGACGGAGCUACCACAAAGACCAUCCCUGAGGCAAGCAACCAAAACGAGUGUGAGAACUUUGACUGUAACACAGAUAAGGAGUAUGGGAUGAACGAGGAUAUCCAUCACUAUAGCAACUGUCGUAUGAGGAAACGUAACCAGGGACUCUUCACUGCUGACCAGAACUUGAAGAAUCGUAAUAGACAGUAUGCAGUAAAUACACGUCAGAAUCCCAAUGGUAAUCGCCAUGGUUACGAGUGUCCUGAAGAACGCGACUAUUACCCAUACUGGCAUCCGUCACCUUGGAAGGAUAUCGUGGUGAUGACUAACGAUGUGAAUCGAUGUGUGUACUAUCAGCGGGAGAGUGAGAAUGUGAAGUCCCGGUGGGCGUGCUAUCUCCCUAAGGAGCUGGUACUCAAAAACUACAAAUCCUUCGUCAUUCCCAACAACAAACAAGACUGUGAGGCUUUUACGUAUCCUAUUAGUGACCCUGAUGCCGCGAGAGGAGUUUGGAAAGAGUUUCCAUCUCAUGGAUUGUCUCCCCCUGACUGCCGCGAGACCGAAUUCUCUCGUGACAAUCACCUUGGUAACGGCCUGGGAGGACACCCAAAUGUUUAUAACUGGACAAUUCCAGAUAUCAGCCACGAAAAUUGUGUAUUGAGAAUGAGGUAUAAUAUUUCUACCAAUGAUUACGACCCGUGGAACACAACCUCGGCCAACAAUUCUCCUAAUCUUGCCCCAAAGUAUGGUUUCGCUAGUCGGACAGCAGCAGAAACUAGAGGAUAUGUUUUUGAGGAAUAUCCUGAUGUUAAGGUUUUUGAUGAUGCAGAAUUUACCUUGGAGUUGGCGAUCAACACUGCACAGUAUGGAAGGACUUUCCAGGACAGAUCCCAUUCUUUUGCCAUCCGAAAGAGACCAGCUGGAUACGAAAGUACGCAGAUAUACAACCUGAAUGUGAGGGGCAAAAGGGGAAACAUUGUACAGGUGUACCCCUCUGUGGAGUAUGACUUUGUACCAAACAACCUUCAGGUUUCUUCUGGGGACGCUGUACAUAUACAGUGGACAGGCUCAAACACAAACAACCCAAACAAUGAAGGAAAUGGCCUUGCACGUACAGACAGAAACAACAUUCUUGAGCUCCGGCCCAGAAAUUUCCCAGAAGGCAAUGGGGUACAGUUUGGUCCUGGCAGGGUGUAUGGUCACUAUGGCAACAAUUACCCUGAGCAUCUCUCAAGCUCCAAUUUUCUUGGAAUGUCCAGAACAGACCUAGGCCAUCUUGCUAUAAACUCACCAGGUCAGUUUGGAGGGGAGUUGUCCCAGCUGGAUGAUGCCAGUCCGUAUUUUGAUUUGGGCCUCAGGAAAGUCAGUAAAACGGGCACAUACCAUUACAUGUGUACGAGAAAUAACGACUUCUCCAACCGUGACCAGAAGGGGAGGGUUACAGUCUACCCCUUCCCACAGCGAUUCACCUCUAUCGGCUGGACAGGGGGACAGAUCGCACUUCCCACUGGGAAAGCUUCAGUCAAUGUAGAACAGGGAGCUUUUACGGGGUUACAGAAGCUGACGCUGGCCGAGUGGACGAGGACCCAGGGCGACAGUAGGCUCAGCAGUCUGGGUCGUAAUAUGCAGUAUGGUGACGAAUAUGCCAGCGAUUUUCUAGUGUUGUCUCCAGAAUCUCAGCUAACAGACGACGCCCAGAAAAUUUCCAUCACCAUGCAGAUUGAUGAAGACGCAUAUAGCCCUGAGGCCUAUCGGUCAUCUCAGGACACUCUCGGUACAUGGGUCAAGGUGGAUGCCAACGUGGAGGGUGCAAAAUUGACCCUGAAGUCAAACCGAGGUGGUGUAUAUGUAGUUCGUUCCCAUAGUAACUAUGGACCAAUCAUUGGUAUUGUGGUGGCCUGUGUAGCCCUUGUCAUCCUCAUAGUAGGCGUGGUCAUAUACUUUAAACGAAACCCGGAACGAUGGACAAAAUUAAAAAAGUCAACCAAAUACUUUGAACGCUCUUUGCAAGAAAAGGUUUAACGUCCGUAUUAGGUUACACUACUCAAGAGUUAUGUGUAAAAUAGGCUCCUCUUUAGUCCCAUAUAAACAUAGAAAAGUAAAUUUUAGAAUAUACCUGAUUUACCCAGCCAUAAGUCCAUGCCUGGUGAUUAGGCUGUCUAUAACUAUUAUAGUUCAGUAAAAAUACCAACAAAUGCUGUUUCAUAUCUUUGAGUCAUAGUUGAGUUGUUGACCCCCUGGUCUCAUGCAUUACAGGAUAAAUAUGGCCUUUAACUUAUUUUGGUAAGGCAUUGUGGUUUCUUGAACCAGGAUAUUUACACAAAAUUUGUGAAAAAUUCCAUGUCAGAAGAAUUUUUCAGAAGCAUGUAAAAACUUAUGGAUUCGGUCUCUAGAACAUGAAUAUGAACUUGUGGAAAAGAAAAAAACCUUUUCUACUAAUGUAGAAAAAAAAAGAAAACUCAAUAUUAUUUUUGCAAAAUUUAAUUUGUAGUUUCAUGAAGUUACAAAUGAGAACAAGAUUAAUUUUUUGUAAUCAUACAUUUAAUUAUAUCAUGUCCAUUAGCACCUUUUGUGGAUAUUUCCUUGGAAUGACCACAUGUGUAACAUUCCUUGUGGCAUUUGAAAAAAAGUGAUAUUAUAUAUUACAUAAAAUGCAAGAUGAUUUGUCCCUUUGUGUAAGAGUAUGGGUAGUAAUCAUCGAGUUUUCCAAAAUCAAAUACAAAAUGUACUGGUAUUUUAAUUUUUUACUCAUAAUGAAUUUAGAAAUGGCUUCUGGUAAAAUACUCAAAGGACUGUUUGACAGAGAAAUUUGUAUUUCACAACUUCCUGUAAUUUUAGGAUUAUUUCUACACUAAUUAGCUUAGCAGUGAUUCAGUGAGAGCAGGAAAGAGGUUUACCGACUUAUCCCUUUGUCAAUUUGUUAAAAAAAAUGUUUAAACAUAACAUGAGAGUGCUAUUGAAGAAAGGGAGAUCAGCAACUUGCCGCACAGAAAAUGUUUGAGAAGAAAAAAGUCAAAUUUAAAAGGUACAGGUAUAAUUGAAAAAAAAUAAUAAUAAUAAAAAAAAUAAUGAAAAAAUUAACAGAACACAAAACAUUGGAAUCAAUUACUUUAUCUUACUGUUUUGAUUUGUGGGGGAUAGGUUUAAAAUUAUAAAGAUAUUUUCUUAUUUUUCCAUAUUGAUGUAUGGUGAUUCUUUCUAUGCAUUAAUACAAGUACUGAUAAUUGGCUAUAUUAGUACUAGCUUAUAUAUACCCAAUAAUUUGGCACAUAAUAGUUAUGGAGAUUGUUUGGCCCAGGAGGGGGCAGCGGUGGCCGAGUGGUUAAGGUGUCCCGACACUUUAUCACGAGCCCUCCACCUCUGGGUUGCGAGUUCGAAACCUAUGUGGGGCAGAUGCCAGGUACUGACCAUAGCUAGAUAUAGGCAAGUGGUGUUUCUCCGGGUACUCCGGCUUUCCUCCACCUCCAAAACCUGGCACGUCCUUAAAUGACCCUGGCUGUUAAUAGGACGAUAAACAAAAACAAACCAAAUGGCCUAGGAAAAAAAUACUUCAUUUCGGGAUGUAGUAUAUUUAUUAGUGCUUAUCACAGACUAGUCAGCUGUAUGCUUGUUUUUAGUUAAGUUGUAAAUGUUUUUUUUUAAUUUUUUGAUUAUUUUUCGAUCAGUAGAUAGUCUGAACUUUUAUGACGGGCCAGCCAGUAUAGAAAAUGUAGAUAGAAAUUUGUUGUAAGAUAGACAUGCAGUAUUGAAGAGCAAUCUUAAUUUCUCUUCUUCAAUUAGAAAGCUUUAAUGCAUUAAAGAGUUAAAAGUUGUAAGACUAAUAUGUACGCACAAUAAGAAUACCUUUUUUGCAAAUGUUCCUGCUGGUCAGGUACUGUCUCGUAAAGGUUGAUGUGCUGUACGUGUGAUAAAGCAGUUCAAAGUAAGGGAGAUAACUCUCAUUGUGACUUGGAAAAUAAAGGGACAUAAUUAUUAUUAUGAAAUUUAGGUGUGUGCAAGUAAAGCUAUAAUCUUCUAAAAAGAAAUAACUAUUAUUGAAAUAAAUAAAAAAAUUACAUAAAUUUGAGGAAGAUAACUCUAAUACAUAUCACAACGACACAGGUAUAAUUUGAAAGGUAGCAUACAACCUUAAAUGGAUGCUUGAUCCUCAAGGGAAAUAACUCAUUCAGAAAUCUCAGAAGGUAUAAUUGAAAGUGUGUUCUUUUUGGAAGUAAUUAAAACAUUCAUAAUAUUUAACAUUUAAUAUCAUUUGAAGAAAAUUAUUUUUGUGAUAAAUUUUCAUUAAAUAGAGUUUCAAGUUGCAUUUUAUAGUUUAAAUUUAUUGAAAUUGAGUUAUAUUGUAAUGCUAUUACAUUGUAAUAAUAUCCUAAUAUUUUUAUGACUAUGCAUUCAUUGUAAUUUACAAAAAUAAAAUAAACAACUUGCCAUCCUGAGAUUCCGUUCCUGGAGCCUCAGAACUAUAGAAUGAUAUUUAAAUGGCUACACCGUAUUAAAGUCAAUUUAGAUAUUGUAGCAUCAAAAUCUUCGUUAUUAUAUAUAGCAGUUUCGUAUUUCUGAACAUUUUUUAUUAUGACGUUAUCAUUUAUUUUUUUAUAACAAUUUAUGAUCACAUUCCAUGUGACUUUCUCAUGUCACUGAAAACUCGUCAGGGAAAAUUUGGAAAAGGUUGAUAGAUUUUUAGAAAUUUUAUAAUUUUCUUUAAUAUUUGAUAAAAUACAUUUUAAAAAUUGGAUGUACACUUUGCCAUGGUAAAGUUUUGAGUAUACUUUGUAUGUUUGAGAUUUCGGUGUGUAACUGGUGUGAAAUUGUUUAAACAUUAAAACGUUUACCUCUAUACUCAUUAAUUAAAUAGAUCAAAGUUACUGUUGUAUUGAUAUUGUUUUCAUAAUUACAUUGCUCACCCCAAAACAACAUCAUUUUGAUGUACAUUGAAUAUCAUGUUUUUUUGUGUAUUUUAUUUCACAUGCUAAAUCUGUUGAUAGUAUUUGUGAAUUCCUGAAUUGAAAAUUGAUUGAAUACAAUUUCAACAUUAAAAGCAAUAAAUCUCUGUGAAAUCACAGGCUAUGAUCAGAUCUAAUCAUAUUAAGUGAAAAAAAUUGUGAAAUUAAUAUUUUGAAAGAUUUUUUAAUUGUUGAAUGUGUUUUUUCACAUUUUAAGUGAAAAUUAAUCUCUUAUCAAAAAAUAAUUUUAGUAAGGUAGGAACAUUUUUUUUGUCGAGUCUGAUGGUUUAGAUUUGUCAAUGAUCACGUACACAUUCCAUAUAGCUCGAGGUUUCAUCAGGAAUGUAUGAAACCAAUUCACUUUUACAUGGAAUAAUCUUGUUUAUGUAGUUUUGGGAUGUUUGAUAUAGCCUAAAUUAUUUUUCACAUGGCCAAAGAGUGAAAAAUCUAGUUUGAUGGCCAACAUUUUUGUGAUUUUUUUUUUAAAAUCAAUGUAUAAUUGAUUAUUGAUGAGAUUUUCUCCACAUCAGCAUUAUUGCUUUGUUUGAGUAUUGUGAAUUCUAUUAUGUGUACCGUACUAUACAAGCUGAGCUUGAAUUUUGAUCAUUUUACUAUUUAUCAUUAAAGGAUUAUGUUAUGUUUCACCAUAUUUUUUCUGAUACUUAAAAACUUGUGUAAUUUUGAAAUGAGAUUAACCUUGUGAUAUUAUUGUCAUUGUGUGUUUAAUUGCUGCUGGUCGGCAAUAAAAUAUUCCAUUGGAACAAAUCA